AUGCCGAAGCCACACCCCCACCUUCUCGGCCGGCAGGGGCGCAGCCAUUUUAAUUCAUAUCUGAGUGGGCGGUGGCGAUUCCUGCUGGCGGACUGGCUCCUCGGGGCCCGGGGUAACUUUACUGGUUUGGGGGUGGUUUUUAGUACAAGUUUUCCUUUGUAGCUUCGUGUCGCUGCCUGAUUCCUGCGUCCUCGUCAGCUGAGGCCAUGUCUGGUGACGCCGCCGCGGAACAGGCAGCUGAGUAUGUCCCCGAGAAGGUGAAGAAAGCCGAAAAGAAAUUAGAAGAGAAUCCAUAUGACCUUGAUGCUUGGAGCAUUCUCAUUCGAGAGGCACAGAAUCAACCUAUAGACAAAGCACGGAAGACUUAUGAACGCCUUGUUGCCCAGUUCCCCAGUUCUGGCAGAUUCUGGAAACUGUACAUUGAAGCAGAGAUUAAGGCUAAAAACUAUGACAAGGUUGAAAAGCUGUUUCAGAGAUGCCUUAUGAAGGUUUUGCACAUUGACUUAUGGAAGUGUUACCUUUCAUACGUCCGAGAGACCAAGGGCAAACUGCCGAGUUACAAAGAAAAAAUGGCUCAAGCUUAUGACUUUGCACUGGAUAAAAUUGGAAUGGAAAUUAUGUCCUAUCAGAUUUGGGUGGAUUACAUCAAUUUCUUAAAAGGCGUGGAAGCUGUUGGAUCUUAUGCUGAAAACCAGAGAAUAACAGCUGUGCGAAGAGUUUACCAACGAGGCUGUGUCAACCCGAUGAUCAACAUUGAGCAGCUCUGGCGAGACUACAACAAGUAUGAAGAGGGUAUCAAUAUUCAUUUAGCUAAAAAGAUGAUUGAAGAUCGGAGUCGAGAUUACAUGAAUGCUAGGCGUGUAGCAAAGGAAUACGAGACUGUCAUGAAAGGUUUGGACCGCAAUGCUCCUUCAGUGCCUCCUCAGAACACCCCUCAAGAAGCGCAGCAGGUGGAUAUGUGGAAGAAAUAUAUACAGUGGGAAAAAAGCAACCCUCUUCGUACGGAAGACCAGACCCUUAUAACAAAGAGAGUUAUGUUUGCUUAUGAACAGUGCCUGCUUGUGCUGGGCCAUCACCCUGAUAUUUGGUAUGAAGCUGCCCAGUAUCUUGAACAGUCAAGUAAACUGCUUGCAGAGAAGGGGGAUAUGAAUAAUGCCAAAUUAUUUAGUGACGAAGCUGCUAAUAUAUAUGAAAGAGCCAUAAGCACUUUAUUAAAGAAGAACAUGCUUCUAUAUUUUGCAUAUGCAGAUUAUGAGGAGAGUCGCAUGAAGUAUGAAAAAGUUCACAGUAUAUAUAACAGACUUCUGGCAAUUGAGGAUAUUGACCCAACCUUGGUAUACAUUCAAUAUAUGAAAUUUGCACGAAGAGCAGAAGGUAUCAAAUCUGGAAGAAUGAUAUUUAAAAAAGCAAGAGAAGAUACCAGAACUCGCCACCAUGUCUAUGUUACAGCUGCCCUCAUGGAAUAUUACUGUAGUAAGGACAAAUCUGUUGCCUUUAAGAUUUUUGAGUUGGGGCUAAAGAAAUAUGGGGACAUUCCAGAGUAUGUCCUGGCCUAUAUUGACUAUCUCUCUCACCUCAAUGAGGACAAUAACACCCGAGUUUUGUUUGAACGCGUUUUAACAUCGGGAAGCCUUCCUCCCGAGAAGUCUGGAGAAAUCUGGGCCCGGUUUCUCGCUUUUGAAAGUAACAUUGGUGAUCUAGCGAGUAUACUCAAAGUGGAGAAAAGACGAUUUACAGCCUUCAAAGAAGAGUACGAAGGCAAAGAAACGGCUUUACUGGUAGAUAGAUACAAGUUCAUGGAUUUAUAUCCUUGUUCUGCAAGUGAACUCAAAGCCCUGGGUUACAAGGAUGUUUCCCGGGCUAAGCUAGCAGCUAUAAUUCCAGACCCAGUUGUAGCUCCUUCUAUAGUGCCUGUCCUGAAAGAUGAAGUGGACAGAAAACCAGAAUACCCUAAGCCAGACACUCAGCAGAUGAUCCCGUUCCAGCCGCGGCACUUGGCACCUCCCGGCUUGCACCCCGUCCCUGGCGGAGUGUUCCCCGUGCCCCCAGCAGCCGUCGUGCUCAUGAAGCUUCUCCCUCCGCCCAUCUGUUUCCAGGGCCCUUUUGUACAAGUGGAUGAGCUGAUGGAGAUUUUCCGAAGAUGCAAGAUACCCAAUACUGUGGAGGAAGCGGUGAGGCUCAUCACGGGCGGGGCCCCCGAGCUGGCCGUGGAAGGCAACGGCCCUGUGGAGAGCAGCACCGCGGUGCUCGCCAAGGCCGUGAAAAGGCCCAACGAGGAUUCGGAUGACGAUGAAGAGAAGGGGGCGGUCGUCCCGCCGGUGCACGACAUCUACAGGGCGCGGCAGCAGAAGCGCAUCCGGUGAGGCAGGCUCCGGACCUGCCCUCCAGAAAACUGAUGGGGGUUCGACUCUUUGCCUCUUAAGUCAUAUGUUUAAAAGAGACAAGGCUUUGUUACAAUGUUCUUAGAAACAAAGUGUUGUCAUUGGUGCCUCUAUCACAUGGUUCUUGAGAAAAAUCAACCAACCCACCUGUGUGAAGUUUAGAAUAUGGAACAGACCUAUGCUCUAAACAAACUCGGUUUCAAAAAUGUGAGAACAGUACCCCAUGGCAGCGCCACGCCUUGUGCCCUCUUCCAGGGUGUCCUGUGUGUGCCGUUCGAAGAUCUGUGAGUUCUCAACAGUUUUAUUUUAAAAACUGGAUGGCUUAUGAUUGUAAAGCAUUUUAUCACAUUUUCUGAAACUCUUGUUCUUGGUUUGCUUAUGUAGAGUCCUGCCUUAUUGUUUGUUUUUAUUUAUGGCAGAAUGUAUGCAGUCUGUUUUGUAGUUGAAAAUUUUAAAAGAAUCCUUUAAAAAAUAAAAGGACCUCAAAAACA